UUGCCCAAAAUGAAUAUGGCCGCCAGAGAGUGACGAACGUCACCGGAGUAGCUGCGCUCGGCCCACCGUCCGCUGCCUUAGUCAUUCUGUAUCGUGAUGUCAGCACACGGAAGCGCUGCUCGGCUGUAACUCGCGAACUACGGGGCGCAGUCGGUCAGGACACCAGACUGUUAUAAGACUUCCGGGCUUGACAAAAUGCAGAGCACGGCAAAUUACCUCUGGCUGCUUUCCGAUAUUUUGGGACAAGGCGCAACAGCAAAUGUGUUUCGGGGGCGCAAUAAGAAAACUGGGGACCUAUAUGCUGUUAAAGUGUUCAACAACUUAAGCUUCCUUCGUCCAGCAGAUGUUCAAACAAGGGAGUUUGAAGUGUUAAAGAAACUCAACCAUAAAAAUAUUGUCAAACUCUUUGCUAUCGAGGAAGAGACAUCUAGUGGACACAAAGUUCUAGUUAUGGAAUUCUGUCCCUGUGCAAGCUUGUACUCUGUUCUAGAAGAACCAUCUAAUGCAUACGGUUUGCCCGAAUCAGAGUUCCUUAUUGUAUCACGUGAUGUCGUGGCAGGAAUGAACCAUCUCAGGGAAAAUGGAAUAAUUCACCGUGAUAUCAAACCGGGCAAUAUCAUGCGCGUUAUCGGGGAAGAUGGGCAGUCCGUUUAUAAACUCACCGAUUUUGGUGCAGCCAGGGAGCUGGAGGAUGAUGAGCAGUUUGUUUCGCUCUAUGGCACCGAGGAGUACUUGCAUCCAGACAUGUAUGAGCGGGCUGUGCUUAGAAAGGAACAUCAAAAAAAGUAUGGUGCUACGGUGGAUCUGUGGAGCAUUGGCGUGACGUUCUACCAUGCUGCUACAGGAAGUCUACCUUUUAGACCCUUUGAAGGACCGCGACGGAACAAGGAAGUCAUGUAUAAGAUAAUUACUGGAAAGCCCUCUGGGGCAAUAUCUGGUGUUCAGAGAGCAGAAAAUGGUCCAAUAGAAUGGAGCAGAGAUUUACCUCUUAGUUGCAGCUUGUCCUAUGGCCUUCAGGUUUUGUUUACCCCAGUUCUGGCCAACAUUCUUGAAGCCGAUCAGGAGAAGUGCUGGGGCUUUGACCAGUUCUUUGCAGUAACCAGUGACAUAUUCCGUCGAAUCGUGAUCCACGUCUUCUCACUUCAGCAAAUGACACUCCAUAAGAUAUAUAUCCAUGCAUAUGAUAUGGCUACAGAGUUCCAUGAUCUCAUUUACAAGCAGACAAUGAUUCCGGUGCAGAACCAGGAGCUUCUGUUUGAAGGGAGGAGGCUGGUACUGGAGCCAGGGAGGCUGGCACAGAGUUUCCCAGUCACCACCGAGGACAACCCAAUUUACGUGGUGACCAGGGAGCUUGUGAACAUCAUUGGUCUGAGAUACGAAGAAAUCUUUUUACCAAAGCUUCUCUUGCCCUUUGAUUUGGACGCUGAUGCUAAUUUGGCAAAGGUAGUAACAGGCAUUGUAUGCUACUACUGUAGGCUAUAUUCUUCCCUGCUGCUUGGACAGGAGCUUAUGAGGAAAGGAAUACGCUGGCUAAUUGAAUUAAUGAAGGAGGAAUACAACGAGACCAUUCACAAGCAUACCAAGGUCACUCUCAAGUUUAACUUUUGCAACAGAACCAUAGAAAAAGAUCUGAAAAUAUAUGAAAAUGUAAUCAGUGUCGAAUCAGAACUUUAUGAAUUACAUUCCAAGCUUCACCGUCUUUCCAGUUCGCAAGAAAAUUUGGAGACAUCUCUACAGGAAAUUAAAAAUAAACUGUCUCCAGGGGGACUUCUGAAUGAAUCAUGGAUGAGUGUCGAGGGCACUCACCCAAGUGAUAGGAAUUUGGAGAAGUUGCAGGUGCUGCUAAGCUUGAUCACAGAAAUAUACUGUCAAUUCAAAAAGGAUAAAGCACAGCGCAGGCUUACAUACAAUGAAGAGCAGAUACACAAGUUUGACAAGCAGAAGUUGUGCUUACACUCCAAAAAGGCUGCUUCGCUGUUCAAGGAUGAAUGUGUUGCCAAAUAUGACGAGUUCCGCAGCAAGGCGCAGGACUGGAUGAGAAAGACGAUUGUUUUACGGAAACAGCUGCUUACGCUCACCAGUCAGUGUUUUGACAUCGAAGAAGAAGUUACAAAGUGCCAGCACUAUAUUAAUCAGUAUCAAGAAACCAUGCCUCAGAAAAUGUUUGCUGCCCCCGGCGGGAUAAAACCUGCAGUGAACCCAAUCUAUUCAAGCCCCAACACCUUAGUGGAAAUGACUCUUGGAAUGCGCAAGUUGAAAGAAGAGAUGGAGGGAGUUGUCAAAGAGCUAGCCGAAAACAAUCACAUUUUGGAAAGAUUUGGGGCUCUGACUAUGGACGGUGGCUUCCGGAACGUGGAUUGCAUUUAGUGACCUCAAAUACUUGCAUGUGGCAAGCUGUGAACCGUGCACCGUUCCACUGGUGGCCGUACAAGGACCUUGAAAUAUUUACCUGUUCCCCAAUCAUCGUGUAUGAUUUCAGUGCCAGAGAUCUGUGUAUAUAUUUGUAUCAUAUUGUGAAUAUAGAGAAAUGUUUCAACGUAGUAUUUUACUUUUUAAUGCUGUUAAACCUGAUUGUGUAAUUUUCUGUGUUCUUAACAGCAUAAAUAUAUCAUAAAAUGAACUGUAUCCUGUAAGCAUAACGUGUAAAUAAAACAUCUGUCUGUCUUAAUCACUGUAAAUUCUUAGUUAAAAAAAAUCCUGGUAUUCACCUCAAAUUGCACUUUAUCUUGUAAUUUUCUUCUAAUGUGAAUAAACCAGCAUGAGUUUCUA